AUGUCUAUAAAUGAUAGGUCUAAAAAGAAGAACAAGAGAAUUUCAUUUCUAUCCAACACUAAAGAGGAUGAAGAUAAAGGUGAAAGAGAAGAAAGUUUAUCAUAUGUCAUAGCUCUUGUUGGAAGAAAGUUCAAAAAAGCCUUGAAGAAGCUGACAGAAAAUGGAGGACAAAUGUCCAAAACAACAUGUCAGACAUUGGUUCCCAGCGCAAGAGCAAAGAUGAAGACAAUAAAUAGAAAAGCAUUAUCAAUAACUUGGUCUGAUUCUAAUGAUGAGAGUGAAGGAGAAACUGCUAACAAGGUGAUGGUCUUUAUUGGGAAGUAUGAAUCUAGGAGUGAGUCUAGUGAUGAAGAUAUCACUGAGGAAUAUUUAGUUGCAAUAUACAGAAUCUUAUACACCAAGUUGGAGGAAGCUUUCAUAGCAGGAGAGAAACUGAAGAAAACUAUAAGUGAUCUCCUUCAAGAAAAAGAGAAACUUGUUUCAACCAUCACAAGUCUGGAAGAGGAAGAGUGGAAGGACUUAAAGGUGUAUGGGAGAGGUGAUUUUGUGUUGAAGGAAAAGCUUCGUCUCCUUAAAGGAAGGCUUAGAUGGUGGAAUUAUGAAGUUUUUGGUAGAAUUGAAUUAGAUGUAGAAGAAGGGGCUAGAGAUAUUAAUUUGGGUGAUGAUAGAUUGGAAGUGGGUGGGAGUGAUCUUCAUGAGGAGGCUUUAAAGGAUAGGAAGGAGGCUACUAGUCGGUUUUGGUCAAAUUUGAGGAUUAAAGAGAAUAUGCUAGUUCAAAAAGCUCGUUUGAAGUGGCUCAAGGAAGGUGAUUCUAAUAGCGGUUUCUUCCACAAAGUCAUGAGAGAAAAGAGGAGAUUCAAUCACAUUGGUCCUAUCACUUCUUCGGGGGGUCUUUUGGAAUCGGUUGAAGAAGUUAAGGAGGAGGUGGCGCGUCACUUCACGAGCAAAUUUACGGAUGGGGAAGGGGUUUCUCCUUCAUUAGAAGGGAUCCAUUUUGAGAGCCUUAGUAAUGUUGAUAAGGUGAGGCUUGAGAGACCGUUUUUCGAAGAGGAGGUUUUGGAGGCGAUUUCGGAGUGUGGAGCAUCCAAAAGUCCGGGUCCGGACGGUUUCUCUUUUCUUUUUAUAAAGAGGUGUUGGUCUUUUUUAAAAGAUGAUUUUAUGAGAUUCUUGGAUCACUUUUAUGUUGGCGGUGAAUUGUCCAAAGCGGUUACGUCCUCCUUCUUGGCUUUGGUCCCGAAAUCAACUAAUCCUUUAGGAUUGGAUGAUUAUAGACCCAUUUGCUUGGUGGGUUGCAUGUACAAAUUGGUGGCUAAGUUGUUGGCGGGGAGAUUGAAACUUGUGUUAAACUCCAUUAUUUCCAAGUGUCAAAGCGCUUUCGUUCCGGGAAGGCAAUUACUCGAUGGAGUUGUGGUGGCAAAUGAAGUGGUUGACUUCGCUAGGAAAGAAGGUACUUCUUGUCUUCUUUUUAAAGUAGAUUUUGAAAAAGCUUACGAUAAGGUUUCUUGGAAUUUCUUACGUUUCUUGUUGGUUAAAAUGGGCUUUGGUAUUAAAUGGCGUAAAUGGAUGGAAUUGUUGGUUUUUAAAAGUGACAUGUCGGUGGUGGUUAAUGGAAGUCCUACGAGGGAAUUUGUUGUCAAAAGAGGUUUGAGACAAGGUGAUCCUUUAUCGCCAUUUCUUUUUGUUAUUGUGGCGGAAGCUCUUACUAGGUUGGUUCAUAGAUCCAUCUCUAUUGGUGAGUAUGAGAAUCUAGUGGUUAGGCGGAGUUGUAAGGUGGACAUCCUUCAAUUUGCGGAUGACACGCUAUUGAUCGAUGAAGGUUCUUGGAAGCAUGUUAAGGCUCUAAAGAUUGUUUUAAGGGCUUUUGAGUUAGUUUCGGGUCUUGGUAUUAAUUUCCACAAAAGUAAAUUAAUUGGGAUUAAUGUGUCACCAUUCUUUUUGGAAGCCGCAUCGUAUUACCUCUCUUGUAAGAUUGAAGAUAGUAAUUUCUAUUUUCUCGGUAUCCCAAUUGGUUUUAAUCCUAGGAAGGAAGCUACUUGGUUACCUCUUUUGAUGCCGGUUAAAGUGGUUCGAGAAUUCACUAAGUUGCAAAGUUUGGCAAUUAAGGAUAUUAAUGACUUUAAUUUGGCUCUUCUUAACAAGUGGAGAUGGAGGAUAGUUCAAGGGGGUGGGUGUUUGUGGUAUGAGAUUUUGAAGGCCCGGUAUAGCGAUCUAAGCAUGCAUGUUAUUUGUGGAGGUGAGGUUUCAAAUCUUUCUUCUUUCUCUUUUUGGUGGCAAGACUUGUUAAAGGUGGGUUUUCUCUCACCUUUUGAAAAAGACCCUUUUAUUUCAAAUUGUCUUUUUUAUGUUGGAAAUGGUUUUUCUACACCAUUUUGGGAAGCUUGUUGGUUAAAUAAUGUUUGUUUGAUGGAGGCUUUUCCGGAGCUUUAUGGGUUGUCUUCGUUGAAGAAAGUGUUCGUAGCGGCGAUGGGUGGGUGGUGGGAGGGGGAGUGGAGGUGGGGAGAUCUUGGAAUACCGGAGGGAGCGGCGUUGGAAGCGGGUUUACUUGUCAAGCUUUUAGAUUUACAUGCUCUUUUGGAGUCACACGGUGGUUUACAUGACGAGAAGGAUACCGUUGCUUGGCUUCUUGAUACGGUUAAAGGGUUUUCGGUAGCUUCAUGUUACCAUCGGUAUACUAUUUUGCGCACUCCUUUUGGUCCUCAAAAUAGGAAUGAUGUGGUUUUGGAAAAAGUGUGGAAGAUGGAGGUCCCUUUCAAGAUCAAAGCUUUUGCUUGGAGGCUUUUUGUGAAUAGACUUCCCACUAAGGACCUUUUAAUGUAUAGAGGUAUUAAGUUCUCUUCUUCUAAUUUGAAUUGUUUUUUUUGUGAUAGGCAAUUGGAAAAUAGAGACCAUUUAUUCUUCAAUUGUGAUGUUAGUAAGGUUGUUUGGAAUGAAAUUGCUUUGUGGGUGGAUUUACCGGGUUGGAAAGGGGAAGAUUGUAUUCCGUUUUUUGUGGAAUGGUUUUCCAUGGGCCAUGUAAAAAAUAUCAAAGGUGGCAAAUUGGGGGUGUUGUGGCUUGCUACUUGUUGGAUCAUUUGGUUGACAAGGAAUGGCUUGUGCUUUAGGAAUGACUCUUGGAAUAUUAACAAUAUUGUGUGGAAUAUCAAAAUUUUGGUAUGGAGGUGGUCGGCGUUCGGCGAUAUUGCUUAUCCCAAUUGUAGCUUUUACGAUUUUAGCAAAGACCCUUUGUCUUUUAUGUCGUAA